AUGCCGCUAAGCAAUGACAGGCCGCAUAGAAGGGCCCACGUAGCAUGCAAGGCAUGCAAUGCUCGCAAGGCCAGGUGCACAGUCACCUUGUCCGGUCCCCCGUGCGCCAACUGUGCCGUGGACAACGUCCUGUGCGAGAUACAAAGCCGCAAGCGGAGACGAAAUACGGAUCUUUUGUCUGAAGUGCCUGGAUCGGAGGUGCAAGAUAGUCCAGGCCCCUCUCAACACGGACACCCAACCCCAGAAGUCCAAACGUCGCAAUCCGAGAGCCCACAGCACGGUACCGUCGUUGUAGCAACAGACUAUGAGCAACCCCAAUGGGAGAGACCUAGUGAGCUUGAUGGCAAUACGCCACCAAACCACUUGUCUCAGACUCAAAAUCACCCUUCUAAUGUGGCCAGUCGGGAAACCAUUGCCGUUGGACAUGAGGCCGCUGGUUACGAAGCUCCGACGGUUCCAUCAGAAGAGUCUCAUCAGCCAGAGCACAUCGAAAGUUUCGACACACCGGCUUCAUCCGCUAUCGCCAAUGACACUUCAGCAUGGGCCGAGACUCUCGAGGAGGGUGAGAGCCAUGUCAACCGAGUUCCAUUCUACCCAGACAUUUGCAACCCUCAGCGGUCAACAAAUAGCAACCAUGCUUUUGUAGCUACGCCUUCAAUGGAGUCUCUUCGGCCAGAGGAGAUAGAGUACCUUCGGUUCAAAGGAUGUUUUUCUUUACCUCCUCGCGAGCUAAGAGAAGCCCUCGUGAAAGCUUACUUCCACCACGCCCAUCCCUUUGAGCCGGUCCUAGACCCCGAGGACUUUUUCAACAAGUAUAGCAAAGGCCAUCUCAGCUUGUUGCUUCUGUGGAGCAUGUUUGUGUCUGCCGCGAGCUUCAUCGAUGACAAGUUGUUUGCGGAAAGUUUCUAUGACUCCCAGCUUGCGUUUAAGCGGACGGCAUAUCAGCGAGCCAAGGCAUUGUAUGAUGCAGAUUAUGAAAAGAGUAAACUUACACUGAUUCAGUCCGUGUUCCUCAUGGGACAUUUUUACGCCAAUGCCGAAGAUCGCAUGGGACCUUGGCAUUGGAACGGCAUCGCUCUUAGUCUGUCUCAUACCAUUGGACUGCACAUGCUUACAUCCCCGGCGCGUGAGGGCAUUCAACCGUCGUGGCGCCGUCUGUGGUGGUGUAUCUAUUACCGCGAAGUAUGGCUCUCAUUGGGCCAAGGCCGACCCAUGCGCAUCUCUCUGGAUCACUGCUCAACUCCGAUGCCUGGACCAUAUGACGCCAGCCCCGUGUGCCCGCCGGAAUAUCGGUACUACUUACCCGAGCAACUUGGCACUUUGCUUGGCAUUUGGCUAGGCUUGAUCAGAGUAACACGCGUCUUGGGGAGAAUAUUGUCGACCAACUAUACCAUCAAGGGAGCAAAGCCUUCAAGGAACGACAUUGAGAGAGAUGAGAAUGAGAUCCGUGCCAACUGGUUCCCGGACGGAAACUACGAUCAAAGUCCAGUUCUAGCGUCCCAUUUAUACCAAUUUCGCCUUCAUGUCCAGGCGGCAAUUAUAGUUCUUUACCGACCGUUCCUCCGCGAAAUGCCGCAUGGCGUUCCCGAACACAAUGUCGACUCUUGGCAGACAUUGGCGAAUGGUAAAGUUCGGGCGGCGGCUUCUGAUGCAACUAGUGCUGUCAACUCGAUGAUGGCGGAAGAUCUGAUAAAGUUCACCCAGACAGUUGCAAUCCUUGCCCUUGGCCCGCCAAUGCAGGUCCACCUGCUUGAACUGACGUCAUCGAAGCAAUCGUCGAGUCAACUGGCAAGGCAUAACCUGGCGCUUUGCAUGCUGGCUUUAGAUGGGAUGCGAAAGUCUUAUAUCUCGGCCGACGCGGCGUACAAACUAUUCGACCGCGCCAGAAGCAUGGUCGAGAAGACUCGACAGGAAGCCGAGGAUGCUUCACAAGAGCCGACGGUUGUGCCUGAGACGCAGGGGAUUGAGAGCACGCGAUGGCUUGAUGAUUCUGAGGGUUAUGAUUUUGCGUCCACGGGAAUCUUUUCGGCUUUUUGGACGCCAUUCACAACGUUCAUUGCGGAUGACUUUUCAGGAGGUUCUUCCUAG